UUUCCUUCAAUUCUUCAUUCUCUUUAGUUUGUGAUUUGGUGUGUCUGUUUGCAGGCGGCAUUUUCGCCGGCCGUCUAUUUCCUGUUUUCAAAGUCUGUUUAGGGUUUAGAAAAUAGAACCACUAUUGUCUUUAUAGAAAACAUUGUCCAUUUACAUCAAAUUAUAGUGAAAAAGCUAGUUCUAAUUUUAGUAGUAAUAAAUUAAAAUAAUAGUUACAAAAUGUCUGUGAUGGGUAAAACUAUUAUACCCCAUGUAUCAAGUCGAUUUGGUCGAUUUGGUGCCGCGUUGUUCAGUGGUAAAUCGAAUAGGAACUAUUUUACGUAUACACAAGAACUAUCUCAACCCCUGGAUAGGAAACCGGAGAUUUUAACUGCAAAAGAAGUAUUCCAAAAAUGUUUGCAGUCAUCUCAGACGGUGUUCGUCCAAGGUGCUGCAGCGACUCCAAGCUCGCUCCUCACAGCGAUGACGGAAGUGGGCAAAAGCAGCAGUCUCCAAGGCAUCAAAGUGGUCCACAUGCACACCGAGAACGAGGCGCCCUACGUUGCGCCGGAAUGCAAAGAUAUAUUUAGGUCUGUCUCUCUGUUCAUGGCAGCCAAUGUACGCAAGUCGGUAGCUGAAGGCCGAUCGGACGCCAUCCCUAUAUUUCUCCAGGAUAUCCCCAAGUUGUUCCACAGGAAAAUCAUCCAACCCGACAUUGCUCUUAUUACGGUAUCGCCACCGGAUAAUCACGGGUACUGCAGUCUCGGUACCUCUGUCGACUGUGUGCGGGCGGCGCUAGUAAACUCCAAGAUUAUUGUCGCACAAAUAAAUACACACAUGCCUCGUACCUUCGGCGAUGCUAUCAUCCACGUCUCCCAUAUAGACUAUGCGGUACAAGACAACGUACCGUUACCUGAACACGGUGCUGACAAGACGGCGAGCCCUGAAGAGCAGAAGAUCGGAGAGCUGAUAGGCAAGAAUCUGGUUGUGGAUGGAGCUACGCUACAAAUGGGUAUCGGCAGCAUCCCUGACGCUGUACUGUCGGCACUGAAGGACCACAAGGACCUUGGGAUCCACUCGGAGAUGUUCAGCGUGGGUGUCAUCGACCUCGUCAAGCGUGGAUGUAUCACUAAUAACAAGAAGACGAAGCAUAAGGGACGCAUUGUCGGCAGUUUCUUGGUGGGCAACCGGCAGUUGUAUGACUUUGUUGACAACAAUCCCUUCAUUGAAAUGUUGGAGAUUGACUACGUGAAUAACACUCACAUCGUGUCCUUACAACCGAACAUGACGGCCAUCAAUUCCUGCAUCGAGGUAGAUCUAACUGGUCAAGUCUGCUCCGACUCCAUCGGUACACGCUUCUACUCCGGUUUCGGUGGACAAGUGGACUUCAUCCGGGGUGCUGCUGAAGCUGUAGAUGGAAAGGGCAAGCCGAUCAUCGCCCUGGUCUCCACCACCAAAAAAGGAGAGAGCAAGAUUGUGCCUACACUCAAAGUUGGUGCCGGCGUUGUAACAACUCGCGCGCACGUGCACUACGUGGUGACGGAGCAAGGCAUCGCCCAUCUCUUCGGGAAGACCCUCCGACAACGCGCCUACGAGCUGAUCAACGUCGCCCAUCCCAACCAUAGGGAAGCACUAGAAAAAGCAGCAUUCGAACGCCUCAAAUGUAUGCCGUCGCCUUAAAAAAAGACUUCAAUUAUUAUAUUUAAAAAAAAAAACGCAAAUUUUAGUGACUGACCUGUCAACGAAAGAAUAUUACUGUUUUAUUAAGUUUUUUACCACAUAAACAGGCUUUAUAUGUAGACAUGUUAUAGUGACUGAAUUUUUAAUAUUAAUCCUACUAUUUUAGUAGUUUUAGAUUUGCACUUUAUGAAUUGUGACCGGCGAUUCGUCAGCUACAAGAGCUUGUUGAAUAGAUAUAUAGCAAUUUGACGGAAAGGGUACGAGCCGAAAUCUAACUGUGUGUGUUUUCUGUGUGUUAUAUGCAUUUAUAUUAAAAUGUACAGUACAUUAAGUACUGAAUCAUUCUUAAGUCAUCCCGUACAAGCUUUGCUUACUUUUGGUAGUUUUGGUCUAGAUGACGCAAGGUGGAAACAGGUUUAUUUAUUUUGGUUAGUCAAGUGACUAUUCUGUUCAAAUUUUAUAAAAA